GCGCCUGUAGACACGCGCAAAGACACACAGGGACUCACGCGGUGUCGGCAGUAGCAGCAGCAGCAGCAGCAGUAGCACACUUGCUUAUAGGCAGCCAGAAUAAAAGUGAAAAUCGUCGGGGAUAGGAAAAGCUGAGGUAUCGGCGGCGCUGCAUUUUUAGGAUGUGCGCCCGCUAUCCGCAGCCGUCGCUCCGUUUCGCUUUCCGAGGAGAAUCAGUUGCUUCGAGCUUCCUGGCCGCGUAUCUUCGAUCCUCCGGGGCGAGAUCGGAGCGGAUUGCGUCCCGCAUCCCUGCACCCACAGGCGUCACAGGGGAUUGGUGAGUUUUAAGGUGCACAGCGAACCGCUUACCUUUAGAGAAAAUAAUAAUAAUAAAGUGCCGUUACUAUUUGUGACGAGAGGAAGACAGGCGGUAUGGCGCUGGAAUCUGUUGCUGUGAUGACUCCCUCGCUCUGAAUUUUGCUUUGAGUGAUUUGCUAGGAGGAAGAAAACAUCUGCUUAUUUAUGAAAUAUUCAAUGGUUUGCCUGGCUUUUAUAGAGACACAGGAGGAGGAGGAAGAUGCGUGGAAAGUGCACGCGACUGGGAUUAGCCUUUGGUGAUUGUGGAUUUUUUUUCUCCCCCUCCAAUCAGAAAUCAUUGAUAUAAAACAGAGGAAGAGGAUAUGACAGUAGGUAAUCUGACGGGCACGUUGUAGAUUGACUUCCCUUCUUCAGUUAAUGUACAAGCGUCCGUCUGGAGUAAAAAAUGGUGCAAUGCAACACUUGACAACAUAGCGUGCCGUCUGGACACCGAUGGGUUAACAACGUGCACUUCUAGACACGUUGCACCGUCCUGGAUAGUGGGAUCCUUUAGUACUUCCUCAACACAAACAAAAAGUGGCAGGCAGCCAACCAUUUCCUCUGAACUGGGAGCUUGGUGAUUUCAUUGUAGCUCCAGAUCUACCAUGCAAGGAACUCCAGAGCCAGUUUGCAGUGCCUGUUAUGUAACACACGGCUAACUGUGGUCACCUUCGCCACAACCAAGGAUAUACCCCUUCCACCAUGCAGAGGAGUGGAGCCACGUCGGAUGUGCUGUUUUUUCUACCUGUCCGCAUACCUCCUGAGCGUCUCCUCCUUCCAUCUCUUUGGGUGCUGCUAUCCACAAUUUUGUUGCCACUAUCUGGGGUAAAAGGUUCCGCACUCAAUUUCCACACAACGUGCAUUUGCGCCAGCAACAUUGUGAGCUGCAGCAAGAAAGAGCUGACAGCUGUCCCUACAGGUUUGCCCAGUUACACAGCCGUGCUGGACUUAAGCUACAAUAGCAUCACACGUCUCCGGGCUGAGUGGACAGUUAACAAGCUGGAGAAACUGAAAACACUUCUCUUAAACCAUAAUGGGAUGACUUUCAUUUCCACCGAGGCCUUCUCCAAUGUACCCAAUGUGCGAUACCUUGACCUCUCUUCCAACAAGCUGCACAUAUUAGAAGAAUGCUUCUUCCAGGACUUGCAGCACCUUGAAGUCCUGCUGCUCUAUGACAAUAUAAUUUCUCAAAUCGAUCGCUCGGCUUUUGAAGGCCUGAAUAAGCUACAAAAACUUUACUUAAGUCGAAAUAAGGUCUCUCGUUUUCCCAUGGAACUGGUUAAAGAGAAGACCCGCUUGCGUGAGCUGACUCUUUUGGAUAUCUCCUCCAACAACAUAAAAACUUUACCUGUGCAUGAGCUGAAGAUGCUGCCUGCCUGGAUCAAAAAUGGUCUGUACUUUCACAACAACCCCUUCACCUGUGACUGUGAGCUGUACAGUCUGCUGGCACACUGGCAUAUAAGAAGGCUCAAUUCCGCAGUGGAUUUCAAAGAUGAGUAUACCUGCAUUUUUCAGAAAAUGACAGUUGGGGUUUUUGAGCUCAGUGAGAAUUACUUGAAUUGCAGCACAGUUAAGGAGACAGACAUUGAGGCUUAUCUGGGUGAUACUUUGACCAUCACUUGUGACACCAAGAACAGAGGCAUGACCAAAAUGUGGACUACUCCAAACAAUGACUCAGUUGCUUUACUUGGGAACAACCACACAUAUGUCAUCACAAAUGAUGGUAACUUACAGAUUCGUCCUGUUCGGGCAGAGGAUUCUGGGAUCUACACCUGCUUUGCAGUUAGUGAUACUCUGAAUGAGACUCUUUAUGUCUCCGUAAAGGUUCAUAACUUUACACAACAUGGAGGUCACGAGACACUAAACACUGCCUACACCACCCUGGUGGGAUGCAUUGCAAGUGUUGUCCUGGUCCUCAUCUACCUGUACCUGACCCCAUGUCGCUGCCUUUGUUGCCGGGGUGAUGGAAAGUCAAAAAGCCAAAAGGAGGACAGCAUUCAUUCCUCCAUGCUUAGUGCCACACCCACCCAUGAUCUGCUGACUGGGAAAGCGGGGCUUAGCAGACACGUGGCAUUUAUCGAGCCUUCCAAAAACUUGCAGGGCCAAAAUGGCAAAGUGAAUCCGGCCCUGGUUGAAGAGCAAGAAAGGAAGCGGGAAAAUGACCUGAGGAAAAAGUCAGAUGCUGAGUCCAUUAGCUCGGUGUUUUCAGACACACCUAUUGUGGUGUAAGUUUUAAAAAAAAUGCACUGAAACUCCAAAUCAGCAGCAGAGCUUUCUACUGUGAGUUGCACACAACGGAAAUUAAAAAGGUUUCUUUCUUUUUG